GCCAAGAACCCGAGAACCGAGGACCAGGAACCUAAGCAGCCAAGCUGGCUGCCAAAACUCCAGUGGAAAUAUUUGCCACUUGAGUUGCGGUGGAUCCCCUUUUCCUCCUCUCGCCGCGAUUGCCACUUGAAGUUCUUGGCGCGCGCGUUUAUUUAUUUUGGUGCGGGGCGCAGAGCAACAAAUUAAAAAGUAAUUCUCAGGCGCAGCAUAAUUAGCUGCUAAGUGACACUAAUGGGGCCGCAGUUGCACUGCCCCAAAAAGUCUCCCCCUUUGCCCGCCCAUCCUCGUGUCCCUGCCCGAACUUGAUGCACUUUUUCCACUUUUCGGCGGGUCGUUGUGUGUGGGCAACGUGAAGUUCCCGAGAUGGUGAGUGAGUUUUCGUUGGUUUAGCUAAUUGAGUUUUGUUUUUCGGGCCAGCGGUCCACAUGGCCACUUGGCUCCCUUGUGGCUGCCAAGUUGAGUUGGCCCAGUAAUUGAUGGGCCUGCUGAAAGCAGGGGUCUUGGUAGUGGGGAGAUCUAGAAACUGCUAGAAAAUCGGGGUUGCCUUGCAACAGUUGACAGGCAAGUCAGCUUAUUUUCCCCAUACCCUACGCAGCUACACCUAAGAAGAAACUUGACCAGAAAUGUUCCGUCAGGGUAAGCACAAGCUGAGCUCUGGCAGCGUAUCCUCAAAAAAUCCGGAUGAGUCCGUCUCAAGUAAAGAUCGCAGCAAUAAAGUCACCAAAGACAAAUUCGAAGAGGACCAACCCAGAAAGUUCUGUAGACGUAGAUGUUUUGUAGAGAGUUCCGGACAUGUUGAAUACCGCAAUGGCAGGAACGCUAAAGAGAAGGUUUUCAAAACAAGCUUCAAUCACAAGGAGCAAAGUUAUCAGUCAAAGACCGAAGACUUUUCGGAUGAAAAGGUCGAAGAUGUACCCCAAGAUGUAGAAUACAUAUCUAGUGAACAGGACGAGAUGCACUCUGGGUCUCAUAUCAGCCAUCAGUCCACUGACUGUUCUAAAAGCUUUAGCCAAAUCUAUAGCGAAAUCUUCGAGGAGUCCAAGGAACGACAAGAAAAAGCAGAGCGCGCAUGUCGGGCCUACAACAUAAACAAAUCUAAACUGCGUAGGACCCUUGAAGUGUGUGGGUCUGGGGGUCCGGGAAGUGGAAACUAUGAGAGCAGCUGGGAAUCGGAGUACUCUAGCAAGUUGACAAAGAGUUCCCAGGAAUAUGACAAUCUAUCGGUACAAGGACAGCUCCAGAGCAUAAAUGGCAGUCAGGAGAAAGAUUCCCUUAUCCAUGAGAAAAAAAUAUCUAAAAAUCAUAGACUAAAGCGUUCCAAAAUACCUGUAAAUAAACCAGAGCAUAAGCACAGGUGGAGUUCGCACAGAAACCAAGAAUCGAAGAAACUCUGUUCUCAUCGGCCGGAAAGUAUGUGUUCUGCUGAUAGUUCUUUCGUGUCCAAGCACGAGUGUUCAGGGUUUAGCUUUAGCUCGGUAUGCUCCAGAUCAAGAAAAUACCAUUCUGAGGACUACAGCGCAGUUGUGACUGAUGGGUCCGAUUACCCUGCAGACGGCAGAGGUGACUCGAGCACGGGAAUUCCCACUACUGCGACAUCGCAAUCCCGCUCACAAAGAGAUUAUCUUUCGAGCGGCAGCACACGCCAUCGUCUUCAUCAUCAUAAUCGUCGCCAGAGAAGUGUGCCCAAGACGUAUCAAGAUCGUGGAAAUAGUCCCAUUAACAUCAAGACAAGGCGAAAAACGCACGACUACCACGAACUUUGCAGCGAAAUUGGCACCGAAAAAGUGAGGAAGGGUUUGCUUGGCCGAUCAAGUGCCUCUGUUGGGGUGCAAUAUCCCAGUGAAGAUGAAAUCGAGGAUCAAAAUUCGGAGCAAUGUCUUCCAAUCGAGUUUGAUAGUCAUGAAGACUGCUUGCUGAGCGCUAAAGAAAUGAAAGUAAUGAGCACCAUUAAUAGUGGAAAAAAACCUUUUCAGGAUAUCGAGAUCAGCAAUAUAGAUCAUCGUAGUGUGACCACUGAAGAGGAUCUAGAUAUGUACGAUGAUGAGCUAACUGAUAACGUGGAUCUCGAGUUAUACGAUAAAGAAGAAGCAUAUAAUGAUGAAUAUAGCCAUGACACCGAGAUAAACGAUGAAAAGAAAGACCUUUCUGAUGAAUAUGAUCAAUUUGGCCAAAAACCAGACGACGAAGUGGAAUAUAUUAAAAGUGAUCAAGAAUUGAGCACUGAAUAUGAACAAGAUUUAUCUUUAGGCCAACAAGAAAUCUUCGAUAAAGAGUCAGAGCAGUCCAAGAAAAGUGCUGAAGUUAAGCCCAAAAGCCCCCUGAGUCUUAAGAUAUACAAUGCUGAUGAGGCCCUGAUGGAGAUUCCCGAGGACUUUGAGGGCUCUGCGGUUGUUCUGGACGACGAUGCUGACUUCCUGGACAUCACGCUGACCGAUGAUGAGGAGCAGAUCCGGGCCAAGUUAAUGGCGGCAGCGCUAACCACCAGAAGGAGUGGCUGCUCCAUCAGCGCCUCCAGCGGUCUUAAGUCCCGUCGCUCCACUGAGUCACGGUCCAGCAUCCUCAGCUACAAGCCCAGUGUGAUCUUCACUCGCCGAUCGGAGGUGAUUGAGGAUGAAAAUGUUCCCAGGCGGAACAAUCGAGUUGCGCUCCUGGCCGAGCAAGUUCUGCGGAGCGUUUCCAAGUCCCACACAGAGGAACCCGAAUGGCAACCCUUGAUGGAGCAGGUCUCCGACCCAGAGCUUAAUAAGCAACCAUUGGCGGAGAGGGAGUUGUUUAAAAAGUUCACCAGCGACCUGACAGACAGUGGAACCCCACUUUGCGUGGACCGACAGUUGCUUUCCAAGGAAUUCAAUAAAAAGCUGCAGCGCCAGCUAAAAUCAAUUGUGGAGACUUUCCAAUGAAUUUUUUGAGUGCAUAUAUAUUUGUAUUUAUAACUAUGUGACAUUGAAUAUAACUCGAAACUUGUUAUCUGCA